UCCUUCCACCUCACUUCUCUCAUUCUGAUUCCUCGACCCAUCACACGCCCAUGGCUCCAGCGGCCACACCUACUAUUUCGUCGUCCGAACCUCCGAAGCUUCACGCCUCUGACAUCGGAAGCAUCAAAGCCUUUGCCGAAUCUAAUGGAGACUCCCCCAUCCCUUCCUCCUACUAUUCUAUCGUUGAAGCCCGAGACGACGUCGCAGACGACCUUGCUUCCUCCUUCCCCGUCAUCGAUUUCUCUCUCCUUACUUCCGACGACCCUCAGCUCCACGCCCACGCCGUCACUCAACUCGGCAACGCCUGCGCCGAAUGGGGUUUUUUCAUGCUCACAAAUCAUGGGAUCUCGGAGAAUCUGAUGGAGGAAGUGAUGAGUAAAUCUCACGAAUUCCAUAAUUUGCCGACAGAGGAAAAGAAGGAAUUUGCGGACAAGGGUCCCUUGGCACCCAUCCGACAUGGCACCAGUUUCUACCCUGAAGCAGAAUUGUUUCAUUACUGGAGGGAUUACCUGAAGGUCAUCACACUCCCAGAAUUCAAUUUCCCCCACAAACCUCCUGGUUUCAAGGAGGUGGCCUAUGAUUAUAGCCGGAAAAUCAGGGCGGUGGCGAGAACUUUGCUUAAAGGGAUAUCGGAGAGCCUGGGAUUAGAACCCAUGGCCAUUGUGGAGUCCACUGGUUUUGAUUCUGGUUUACAGAUUUUCGCCGUCAACCUGUACCCUCCUUGCCCUCAGCCAGACCUGGCCUUGGGCAUGCCUCCUCACACCGAUCACGGCCUGCUGACCCUGCUCUACCAGAACGGAAUCGGAGGCCUGCAGGUCAAGCACGACGGCAAGUGGGUCAACGUCAAUCCUCUUCCCAACUGCCUCAUCGUCAACACUGCAGAUCAACUCGAGGCAGUGAGCAACGGGAGGUAUAAGAGCAUCUGGCAUCGGGCCGUACUGAACAACAAAGACACAAGGUUAAGCAUAGUGCUGGCGAACGGACCAGAGCUGGAGAAGGAGAUAGCACCGGCGGCGGAGCUGGUGGAGAGAGAGGAGGCAACAAUGUACAAGAAGAUGAAGUACAGGGACUACUUCUCCAAGGUUCAGCAGCUGACGGGAUUAGUGAACACAAGUAGAUUGGAUAAGGUUGGGAUUAAUCCUCAAAACUGAUACUACCAUAGCACCAAUCGUAUGGGAUUGUGGUGUGUAAAUGUGAGUUAUGUUUGUGAGCGGAGGCUUGAUUGUUGUAUCUGUAGCCUGCGGCUACUGGUUGAAGUAGUCAAUAAUUAGGAAUGUAGGAUGUCAAAUCCCCAUCCCCGCAAUAAAGAGUUAUAGCACGUUGAGCAAA